UCUGAUUGGUCGACCAAGUUGUUGUUCCCGCAGUCGACUUUGGUUUGCAGUGGUGACAGCGGCGUUUCGGUGGUUAGACAAUGGGAACAAUCCAAAAUGAUUUUUGAGUGACACCCCACACAACGCCUUUGCCAUGCUUUUGGAUAUUGAUGUGGAUGCUCCGGUCGACCAUGGCCGCAUUCGAAUGUCUGGGUUCGCCUAGCGAAGCAGGGAGGGUCAGCUCCACUACAGAAACCACAGCGGAGAAAUGGAAACGGCACAUAAUCCGCCAGCUAAAACUUCGGGACAGAUCUCAGAAGAUUAUGUUUCAAGAUGUUAUACUAUCAUAUGUAAAGCUCUUGGAGCGUUCACAUCAGAAAGCAUUAAUCGCACAAGGUAUUCUGGGAUCUGUGGCAAGGCACCCGUUGCAGCCUUGCAAAGACUCUUUCUCAUCUGUGAUUUCUCAAGAUGCGAAUGCAGUACGAGUCCUCAGGAAAACAAGUGGAGAUUUGGCUUACCAGGUGGUGGAACUGCAACAGGCGAUAAGAAUCAAAGACUCUGUACUUGACGAGCAACAUGCCAGGAUGUGUGAGGUGAAGAGGCGACUGGGAGCGGUGGAGGCGGAGUUUCUGAGUCUGCAGGCCCGGGUGGAGGAGGUGCGGGAGGGCAACUGCACUCUGAAACGGGAGUACGACUCCCUGCUGGAGAGGCACCACGUGAUGGACCAGACCUACCGCGUGGAGAAGGUUCGUGGCUCCGAGCUGCUGGAGGACAUGAUCCAGAGCAAGCGCCUGGCUGCCGCCAACAUGAACAGCAAGAACGAGAAGAGAGUGCGUGCAAGAGAAGCCAGUCUUCAAAAGGAGCUUGAGACGGCCACAAAGAAAGAAUUGGACAUCGACGUAGGGUUUGGCUCCGGGGUUCCUACCAAACCAGCAUCACCAAAGAGUAGGAGCCCUGAGAAUUCGGAGAGAUUUCAUCGUCGUCUGUUUCGGUCAGCCUCCGCUACUUCACCACGGAUUCUAGACUCCAUUAAAGAGCUCUUUGAAAAGAAGAGGCGGGGGAACACAGUAUCCAGUCUAGAAGAGGACAUCUAUGCCCCUGUUGGAAUAUGCGUGGCUGCAAGGGUCCCUGCUAAAGCUCUGCACUUCCUGGACGCACAUGAACUGGGCAUCAAUGCAGUCCGCUUCAGCUCCAGCUCGAACCUGCUGGCUACAGGAGGCACUGACAGAGUGAUUAAGCUCUGGGAUGUCACUGCAGGCAUGCUGUACAACAGAGGCUCACUUGAUGGCAGCAACGAGGGAAUAACGAGCAUAGAAUUCGACCCGACCGGGACCAAGAUUUUAGCGGCGUCGUAUGACAAGUCGGCCCUGUAUUGGAGCCUGGAUGACUGCGCGCCCAAGUUCACCUUGACUGGCCACUCCCGCAAAGUCACAGCGGCCAAGUUCAAGUGCAGCCUACGGCAGGUGGUGACAGGAAGUGCUGACAGAACCGUCAAGGUUUGGGAUCUCCAACGCGCAGCCUGCAUCCAGACCAUCGACGUUCUGUCGUACUGCAGUGACGUGGUCUGCUCGGAGUAUUUCAUCAUCAGCGGGCACUACGACAGGAAGAUCCGCUUCUGGGACAGCAGGGCAGCGAGCUGCACACAGGAAGUUCCUCUGCAGGGGAAGGUGACAUCACUGGACAUCUGCCCCGACCACCGGCAACUCCUCAGCUGCUCCCGAGACGAGAGCCUGCAGGUGGUGGAUCUGAGGAUGAGCAACUCCAGGAGGACCUACAGAGCCGAUGGUUUCAAGUGUGGAUGCGACAGUACCAAGGCCAUCUUCAGCCCCGAUGGAAACUAUCUCGCCGCGGGUUCAGCAGACGGUGCUGUCUACAUCUGGAACGUCAACUCUGGCAACCUGGAGACCUGCUUGCCUGGCAUGCACAGUUCCUCAGUCAACGCUUUGUCCUGGUCCGCCUCCGGGCAGUACGUGGUGAGCGUGGACAAGAGCCGACGGGCCGUCCUGUGGAGCGACUUCUGAGGGAGGGCCCCGCUAUUUCGGAGUGCACAGGAGACCCCUGUGUUACGGUAUCGCGCCCACUGGCAUGGUUAAAAAUGAAAAAAAAAAAAGGUUUCGAGCCCAACUCCA